AUGCCCGCCCCUUCCCUCCCGUACCACCUAGUCAACGCCUUCGUCUCCCCCACCACGCCGCACAGCGGUAACCAAGCCGCCGUAGUCAUCUAUCCCAACGACACGGACGAGAGGAUAAACGACACCUUCUUCCGGCUGACGGCGCACGACUUCCACUUCAGCGAGACUGCCUUCCUCGUCCCCAUUGCAGGCGAGCCAACGGAGCCGCGGUAUCGUAUUCGCUUCUGGACGCCGGCGGUCGAGGUGCCGCUGUGCGGGCACGCGACGCUCGCUUCCGCCUACACUACCUUGUACGCAGUGCACCCGGACGCGGAGGCGAUCGUAUUCGAUACCCACCACGGCCUGGUGCGCUGUGUGCGCUCUGACACGGGAGGCGUGGUGCUCGAUAUGCCGGCGCACGUUGCCGCCCAGCCCGACGAAGGUACAGACAAGGCGCUACGCGCGACCAUGCUCGCUGCUGCGCCUUCUUUGUCGCCGGGAGAUCUCCUGCGCGUCGGCCGCCUCACCGACUUUGGAGACGGCGAUCGCGUCGUGUACGAGCUCGCCGCCUCGGUCGACUUGGAGAAGCUGCCCGUCAACCUCGAGCAGUUCAACUCGGCGGCGACCGGCCAAGCUAUCGUCACGCAGCUCGUUGGCGCCGACAGCGCGGGGCUCAAGAUCAACUCGCGCAUCUUUUGCCCGUACUGGGGUGUGCCCGAGGACCCGGUGACGGGCGCAGCGCACACAGUCCUCGGGCCAUACUACCUCGCUGGCCUGGGCGCGCGCCACGCGUCAACCUUGUUAGCGGGCGACUUGCCAUCCGCGACCAUCACCGCGCGGCAGGUAUCCCAGCGCGGCGGGGGGAUGCGGGUCAGCCUGAGCGCCGACGGGACGCGCGUGCUGCUCAAUGGCCAAGCGGCGCGUUGGGGCGACGGGUUGCUCCACGCCGUCUGA